ACAUUUGGCGUGCACCAAAUGGUGUGCCCGUAGCUUUAUUGAAUAAACACCGCAACCAACCACCAGUCUCUCUCUCUCUCUCUCUCUCUCUCUCUCUCCUGACGACACCUACACCACCCCAGACCACACCCCGCAUCCUCAGCGAAAGUUAGUUCUGACCCCUUCUCUCUCUAAAACACCCCUCUCUCUCUCUCAAACGCCUCUCUCUCUAUAUCUAUAUAUCUAUAUCUCUCUCUCCAUAUCCAUUACUGCAUCUGGAAUCAAGAUUAUUAUCCAUAUCCAUGAUGAGGGUGAGAGAAAUGAAGGGUGUGAUUUUGCUAUGCUUCCUUCUCAUCCUCCUCUCUCCUCUCUCCUCCGCGUUCCUCCGCAUGCCCUCGGACGCCAUGUUCCCGUCGCUGCAGGGCGAGAAGUUGAUCAGAGAGCUCAACCUGUUCCCCAAGGAGUCCGUCAACGUCGUCGAUCGCGGCGACGACUCUCUGCGGUCGACGGGAUCGAGGAUCGUCGAGAGGCGGUUCAGGUUUCCCAAUCUGGCUGAGCCUAGCGUCACCGAGGAAGACCUAGGGCACCAUGCGGGGUACUACAAGAUCGAGAAUUCUCACGCCGCUAGGAUGUUCUACUUUUUCUUUGAAUCACGGAACAGCAAGAAGGACCCUGUUGUUAUUUGGUUGACUGGAGGACCAGGUUGUAGCAGCGAGUUGGCUAUGUUCUAUGAAAAUGGGCCCUUCAACAUUGCAAAAAACAUGUCUCUCGGAUGGAAUGAGUACGGGUGGGACAAGGCAUCAAACCUUCUUUAUGUGGAUCAGCCUAUUGGGACUGGAUUUAGUUAUAGCUCUGACAAACGUGAUAUACGACACAAUGAAGACGGUGUUAGUAAUGACUUGUAUGAUUUCUUACAGGCCUUCUUUAAGGAGCAUCCUGAGUAUGUGGAAAAUGACUUUUAUAUAACUGGAGAAUCAUAUGCCGGGCACUACAUACCUGCUUUUGCUGCUCGAGUCCACCGAGGAAACAAAGCCAAACAGGGAAUUCACAUAAACCUGAAGGGUUUUGCCAUUGGUAAUGGCCUUACUGAUCCUCUGAUUCAGUACAGAGCAUACACAGAUUAUGCUUUGGACAUGGGGAUUAUUAAGAAAUCUGAGUAUAAUCGUAUCAACAAGGUGCUUCCCGUGUGUGAAACAGCAAUAAAGCUCUGUGGCACUGAUGGUACUAUCUCUUGUGUGGCCUCAUUCUUUGUUUGUAAUAGCAUAUUCAGUAGCAUCAUGGCAAUUGCUGGAGAUGUCAACUACUAUGACCUCAGAAAGAAGUGUGAGGGCAGCCUUUGCUAUGACUUCUCGAAUAUGGAGCAAUUUCUGAACCAGAAAACAGUUAGGGAAGCUCUUGGUGUUGGGGAAAUAGACUUUGUUUCCUGCAGCCCCACUGUGUAUCAGGCUAUGCUGGUGGACUGGAUGAGGAACCUUGAGGUUGGCAUUCCUGCUCUUCUCGAGGAUGGAAUCAAGUUACUUGUGUAUGCUGGAGAAUAUGAUCUCAUCUGCAACUGGCUUGGUAAUUCAAGAUGGGUGCAUGCCAUGGAAUGGACUGGUCAGAAAGAGUUUGUAGCAUCUCCUGACGUUUCCUUCGAAGUUGAUGGUUCUGAAGCAGGAAUAUUGAAGAGCCAGGGGCCUCUUAGUUUCCUCAAGGUCCAUGAUGCCGGUCACAUGGUUCCAAUGGAUCAACCCAAAGCAGCACUAGAGAUGCUGAAGAGGUGGACUCAGGGCUCCCUGUCAGGAUCCACCACGGAACCAGAAGGCUUGGUGUCCUCGAUGUGAUAUUCUGAAUGGGGUUUUCCUCGGCUUCUGAAUAAGUUUGUAAAUAGAUAUCAACAAGAACUUAGCUUUCUGUAGUAUUGAACGCUUCCUGCACUUGGUGCCGUUGAAAAAAACUUUGUGAACCUAAAAAGAACAGCCCCCCUGGUUUGUCUA